AUGAAGACCUCCACUCUCUUGUCUCUCUUCGCCGCUGCUGGCCUGGCUAUCGCUGCCCCAAUGACCGACAAGGGUGCUGCUCUCGCCGCCGCCGCCGCCCCUCUCGAUGGCGCCGCCCCUAAGGCCAUGUCUAAGCUCCCCACCGCCGAGAGCCAGGGCACCACCGACCUGCUUAACCACGGAGCAGACAGCGCGAAGGGCUUGCCCGACGUGAGCGGAGCGGCUUCCGGCGCCCUCGGCGGAGUCACCGGCGAGAAAACGAAGCUGACAGGCGCCGCGCGCCGCGGCCUGCCGUUUAUCAACGGCGUCCUCGGCGACGGCAUCAACGGCGACAACAACCAAGUCGCCUAUCCCGCCGGCGCUAGCCGCCCUGCUCCGGCCGCGGAGAAGGCACCCGCUCCCGCUCCCGCCCCUGAGCCCGCCGCCGCAGCUCCCGCCCCCGCUCCUCCGGCUGCGCACCACGCUCCCGCCCCCGCCCCCGCCCCGGCGCCCGCUCCUUUUCCCGCUCACCCCAAAGUGGUAGACUACCAUCACGACGCCAACGGCGUGAAAGACCACAACUCCAACUUCAACACCUACGAGAACCACAGUUCCGGCGUUAACGCCCACCAGCACCUCGUCGACGACUACGACUACUCGUCCUACGAUAACACCAGCAAGGGCGCCUCCGGCUCGACGCAGGACCACCAGGCCGGCCAGGUGAACAACAACGCCCACGCUGAGGGUCACUAA